UCCGUUGGGCGGCUGGACACGUCGCUCAGGUUUGUGACUCAAAGCUCUGGGUCCCUGAGUCCCUGCGGUGCGCUGGGCUGCGGGUGCUCCUUGGGCUGUGACUUACCUUCCGCGGCGGCGGCCCCGCCCCCCUCGCGCCGCCGAGGUUCAAGUGUAGGAUCGGAGCUGAGCUGGAGCCGAGCUGAGCUGGAGCCGAGAGGCAACACCCCUGGCUCGCACGCACACUGCAACCUGCUCCCUUCGGGAGGGAGGGAUCCUCCCCGCGAAGCUGCUGCUCCCAGGCUCCGCCAGGCUGGCGGGCAGCAGAAGCCAGGAGGGACCGACACCUCGGCGUUGCCCGUUAACAGUCCGGGCGGAGGAGCGUCAUAAUUACUCUCCGCGCUAAUUGCCCGUCAUUAAAGUUCAGGAGACGGUCGGAAGAGGAGCUCCGAGGCGAGGAGGAGGCAGGUGGUGUCGGGCUGGGGCUCCCGGCCCGGGCAGGGUUAAGUGCUCGCCUGUUCCCUGCCGCCCGGCUUGCGGCCAGCUCGCCUUCUCCGAGAGGCCAAAGUCACUGCCAGGGACCCGGGAGGUACGCCGCGAGCCAGGGCGGACCCACGUCGGACCCCCUCCCCCAUCGCCGCCUCUAGGAGGCGGCCGAAAGUGGGGGCGCCAGCCUGGCGCCCGGGGGAGGAGGGCAGAGAGCGAGAGGGGCUGCGGGGACACGGAGAUGGCCGAUGAGAUUGACUGGCUGGACUUGCCGGGCCGGUGGACCUACGGAGUGGACCGCGGUGGGAGAAUCUUCUUCAUCAAUGAUGAGGAAAAGUCAACCAGCUGGGUGCACCCUGGUACAGAAUCACCCAUCCAGAGUGGACACACCUCCGGCCCAGGUUUGCCCAAGGGCUGGGAGAUGGAUUCCACGCGGGAAGGAGCCGUGUAUUUCAUCAACCACAAUGAAAGACGGAACACAUUUCGACACCCAGUGACUGGCCAAGUCCCAGAGGAAAACAAGAAAUUCAACUUGAAAACAUCGACCUUGGACAUGUCCAAUAAAACAGGUGGGAAACGCCCUGCUACCACUAAUAGUGACAUAUCCAACCACAACAUGGUGUCCGAGGUCCCUCCAGAGCGGCCCAACAUUCGGGCGACUCGAACAUCCCGCAAAGCCAUCGCCUUUGGCAAGCGCUCACACUCCAUGAAGAGGAACCCCAACGCACCAGUCACCAAGGCGGGCUGGCUCUUCAAACAGGCCAGUUCUGGGGUGAAGCAGUGGAACAAGCGCUGGUUCGUCCUGGUGGACCGUUGCCUCUUCUACUAUAAAGAUGAGAAGGAGGAGAGCAUCCUGGGCAGCAUCCCCCUACUGAGCUUCCGGGUUGCAGCAGUGCAGCCCUCGGACAACAUCAGCCGGAAGCACACCUUUAAGGUGACUGUGUGCUGGGUAGAUGAGGCCGGGGCCAGUUCCACGCACUGCCUCUCCCCACAGGCCGAGCACGCUGGCGUCCGCACCUACUUCUUCAGUGCUGAGAGCCCUGAGGAGCAGGAGGCCUGGAUCCAGGCCAUGGGGGAGGCUGCCCGCGUACAGAUCCCUCCGGCCCAGAAGUCGGCGCCCCAACCUGUGCGCCACAGCCACGAGAAGCCAGACUCGGAGAACAUCCCUCCCAGCAAACACCACCAGCAGCCAGCCCACAACAGCCUGCCCAGGCCUGAGCCUGAGGCCAAGACUCGAGGGGAGGGUGACGGCCGAGGCUGUGAGAAGGCAGAGCGGAGGCCGGAGAGGCCCGAAGUCAAGAAAGAGCCUCUGGUGAAAGCCAACGGCCUCCCAGCUGGACCUGAGCCGGCCUCGGAGCCCGGCAGCCCUUACCCUGAGGGCCCGAGGGUCCCAGGGGGCGGGGAGCAGCCUGCCCAACCCAAUGGCUGGCAGUACAGCUCCCCAAGCCGGCCAGGGAGCACAGCUUUCCCCCCUCAGGAUGGGGAGAGUGGGGGCCACCGGCGGAGCUUCCCUCCACGCACCAACCCUGACAAAAUUGCCCAGCGCAAGAGCUCCAUGAAUCAGCUUCAGCAGUGGGUGAACCUGCGCCGGGGGAUGCCGCCACCUGAAGACCUCCGGAGUCCCUCUAGGUUCUACCCUGUGCCCCGCAGAGUCCCUGAGUAUUAUGGCCCCUACUCCUCCCAGUACCCAGACGAUUACCAGUACUACCCCCCAGGGGUACGGCCAGACAGCAUCUGCUCCAUGCCCGCCUACGAUCGUAUCAGCCCGCCCUGGGCCCUCGAGGACAAGCGCCACUCCUUCCGCAAUGGGGGUGGCCCUGCCUACCAGCUGCGCGAGUGGAAGGAGCCCACCGGUUACGGGCGGCAGGAUGGCUCCGUCUGGGUCCCCAGCCCUUCCCGACAGCCAGUCUACUAUGACGAGCUGGAUGCUGCCUCUGGCUCCCUGCGCCGACUUUCCUUGCAGCCCCGAUCCCACUCCGUGCCCCGCUCACCCAGCCAGGGCUCCUACAGCCGCGCCCGCAUUUACUCCCCGGUCCGCUCACCCAGUGCUCGCUUCGAGCGGCUGCCACCUCGCAGUGAGGACAUCUACGCUGACCCCGCCGCCUACGUGAUGAGACGAUCCAUCAGCUCCCCCAAGGUCCCUCCGUACCCAGAAGUGUUCCGGGACGGCCUCCACACCUACAAGUUAAACGAGCAAGACACGGAUAAGCUGCUGGGCAAGUUGUGUGAGCAGAACAAGGUGGUGAGGGAGCAGGACCGGCUGGUGCAGCAGCUCCGAGCAGAAAAGGAGAGCCUGGAAAGUGCCUUGAUGGGGACCCACCAGGAGCUGGAGAUGUUUGGAAGCCAGCCCGCCUAUCCAGAGAAGCUACUGCACAAGAAGGAAUCGCUACAGAACCAGCUCAUCAACAUCCGGGUGGAGCUGUCUCAGGCGACCACGGCGCUCUCUAACAGCACCGUGGAGUACGAGAACCUCGAGUCCGAGGUGUCCGCCCUGCACGAUGACCUCUGGGAGCAGCUCAACCUGGACAUCCAGGUGAAGAAGGACCCCGAGCAGACGGGGAAUGAAGUGCUCAACCGGCAAAUCCAGAAGGAGAUCUGGAGGAUCCAGGAUGUGAUGGAGGGGCUGCGGAAGAAUAACCCGUCCCGGGGCACGGAUACCGCCAAACACAGAGGAGGACUCGGCCCCUCGGCCACCUACAGUUCCAACAGCCCUGCCAGCCCUCUCAGUUCCGCCAGCCUCACCAGCCCCCUGAGCCCCUUUUCACUGGUGUCUGGCUCUCAGGGGUCCCCCACCAAGCCGGGGUCCAAUGAGGAACCUGGCCCGCCUCGGCCUCCCCUCCCCAAAGCCUACGUCCCCCUGGAGUCUCCUCCCACCGUCCCUCCACUCCCUAGCGAGAGCCGCCUCUGGCCAUACCCCAGCUCCCCUUCCUGGCACUGCAGUGGCGAGACAGCCAGGGGUCAGUCCAAGGCAAGCUAUGAGCAAAACAAGAAAGACCCUCACCAAACGUCACCCCUGGACACCCCCAGAGAUAUCAGCCUUGUGCCCACCAGACAAGAGGUGGAGGCAGAGAAGCAGGCAGCUCUCAACAAAGUUGGCAUCGUGCCCCCUCGGACAAAGUCACCCGCAGAUGAAGAUGUGGCCCCAUCGGCAGUGGUGAGGAGAACUACCAAUGGACUCACCAAUGGACUGUCCUCCAGGCAGGAUCGCCCCAAGAGUGCUGUGUUCCCUGGUGAAGGCAAGGUCAAGAUGAGCGUGGAGGAGCAGAUUGACCGCAUGAGGAGGCACCAGAGUGGCUCCAUGAAGGAGAAGCGGAGAAGCCUGCAGCUCCCAGCCAGCCCAGCCCCGGAACCCAGCACCAGACCUGCCUACAAAGUGGUGCGCCGUCACCGCAGCAUCCACGAGGUGGACAUCUCCAACCUGGAGGCAGCCCUGCGGGCAGAGGAGCCUGGUGGCCAGGCCUAUGAGACACCACGGGAGGAAAUUGCCCGGCUUCGUAAAAUGGAGCUGGAGCCCCAGCACUACGAUGUGGACAUCAAUAAGGAGCUCUCCACCCCAGACAAAGUCCUCAUCCCUGAACGGUACAUUGACCUGGAACCCGACACUCCCCUGAGCCCUGAGGAGUUGAAGGAGAAGCAGAAGAAGGUGGAAAGGAUCAAGACGCUCAUUGCCAAAUCCAGUAUGCAGAACGUGGUGCCCAUCGGCGAGGGGGACUCUGUGGACGUGCCCCAGGACUCAGAGAGCCAGCUGCAGGAGCAGGAGAAGCGGAUUGAAAUCUCCUGCGCCCUGGCGACCGAGGCCUCCCGCAGGGGCCGCAUGCUGUCUGUGCAAUGUGCCACCCCAAGCCCUCCCACCUCCCCUGCCUCCCCGACUCCACCAGCCAACCCCCUGUCGUCUGAAUGCCCACGCGCCGACAGCAGCCAUACCAUGCGGGUCUGAGCUCUGACUGCAAGCCCUGGCUGAGGCCAAUGCUGUGAAGCUCCACAGAGCCACGUUCUGAAGCGUCCUCUGCCCAUUGAGGCCCUGGCCCCCCACUCUGGCCCCGGGCCCCCCAGGGGAAUGCCACUGGGAGCCAGAACGGGGUCAGGGCUGCUGCCUCGAGGAUACCUUGGUCUUGUACCCACGGCGCCUCGCCCUGACGCCCUUGCCGCUCGAGCCGUGGUCAUGCAGGGCCCGGACAGUGGGGUGGAAGCCGUCCUCUCUGACGCCGGAGUUGCAGGGAGCCCCAGCCUGGCUCUGGCUGACGUCACGAUGGCCCCGCUGGAACACCCCUGAUGGAGAGUGCACCCUUGGCCACCUGAGGUGAAGACCAGAGGCGAAGAGGAGGUGGGUCCUCUGCCUCUUGGACCCCCGCUCAGCACCGAGGACGGCACCUGUCAUCAUCCCCCUCCCCACCGGCCCCAGCUGUGCACAGGCUUUGACACAUCUCCACUGAUGGGACUUCUUGGGGUUUGGUGGAGACCAGUCACCCUGCUUGAGCCAAAGACAAGAGGAUGAGAGAUGGGGAAAGGCUCCUGGGCUCCCAGAGGGGACAGUGCUGGCUGAGAGAGAGAACAGCAGGUCUGCGCAUGUCUGAGAGCAGGUCGGGAAGGAGGGCAGAGAGGAAGGGAGAGACCCUCAGAGAGGGGGGAGGGGAGGAGGAUGUGUUCACAGGUAAUGGGGACGGAGGGAAAUGGGAAGGUAAGUCAGGAUUAGCUUCUCCACAGGGAAGGCUCCGCUCGGUGCCAAGUGCAGGGCUAGACGGUUACGUCUGUACCUCCACCUCAUCCUCAGGAGCAUCAGGGCCCCAGGAGGACCCACCAGCAGAACACAUGUGGUGGCUCCAGCUGGGGUGCUUGGUACAGGGACCAGGCGUGCAGCGGAGGGGAGUCGGGGAGUGGCAGCCUGAGAGAUGGUUCUUUCUGAGUCAGGGCCCACUGUCUGCUUUCCCUCCUGGAAUUGGGCAGAGGGAAGAACCUGUCCUGUGUAGGGUGUGGUCAGCCUUGGGGCCUUACCUAGUUUCUUGUCCCAUUCCCCCCUAGAAAGUACUAUGGCCCAGCUGAGUGUUUUCCCCGGGGAGAGGGAAUGAGGGACCCUGCUUCUCAUCCCAGGUGUCCCAGAGGAGGGUCAGCGGAGGCUGGACUCUUACAGUCCACAUAUCAGAGAGGCGGCUGGGGAGAGGCAGAAGCAAGGCAUUCUUCUGCUCCACCCACCUUGAGAUGAAUGUAGCCAGGGAGGAGGGAGAAGGGCAAGAGGAAGACACCUGCCCGAGGCCUUCUCUACCAGAGCUGCUGCCCAGAGACUUCAGCCUGACCUGCAGCAGCCCCAAGAACAACGCCUUCAUCUCCCACCAACUCUCCACUCCUUCAUGGCUGGGACAGUUACUGGUUCAUAUGCAAGUAAAGAUGACAAUUCAUUCAACAAUUAUCGAUCGAGCACCUUUUAUGUACCAGGCACUGUUCUAGGUGCUUCGGAUAUUCUCGGGCUUCUGAGAGUCGACAGACUGGGAGGUCUUGCCUAGCUUUACUUCUAGCAGGCUUUUUGACUAUGCCCCUUGGUUACGUUCCCAUCUUGGCAGUCCAAGCACCCCAGAUCUGUCCUUUCUCUCCUACAGACUGGCAGGUGGGAUUAGCUUCCAGGUCACCCUCUUUGCCCACAUUCUUCUCCUUCUACAAGAAACAGAUUUUUCAGACCCUCCAUGCCUUCCCCUCUCUUUGUGUCUCCUUUAUUUUUUUUAAAGGUAUUUUUAGAAAUACAUGUAAGAUACCAAGAGAUAACGUCGCACCUCUGCCACCUCUUCUCCCAUUGUUUCAUAAAGCUGGCUCUUUAUGUUGCUUUACAUGCCUUAAUAUAUGUUUGAUGGAGAUGAUACAUGUGAGAGGUAUCUGUAAUAUAUGUAUGUUUGGAUGUCAGUCCCUUCCUCGGCUCCUGCCUAGGCCCAUUUUCUCUCCACACCGUUCCUAGCAUGUCAAGGCUGGCCCCCUUGCCUUUUUGAUCCAAAGAAGGGGAGAGAAAAGACUUAUUUUAAGACAGAUCUAUUUUAUGCUUUUAUUUAAAAAGCAAAUCUAUUUUCAAAAUGUGCAAUGUCUGAAUGGGUUCGCCAGUGAUGCGAGGGGACUGAGGAGACUGCCCGAGGCCCCAAUCGAAUGCCCUUCCCUCUUCCCCGAUGGCUCCCUUCUUUCCCAUUCCCCCAGUCAGCAAAGGGCGGGUCCCCACAGCUCCCUGGAGAGCAUCUUGCCAGACCAGGGCAUUCCCUUGAUGUCCUGGUCUAAGGAUUACACUGUCCGCUCUCCAUGGUGCCCUGAGAGUCGUCAGGUGUGUGGAUCCUCUUGAAGGAAAUGUUUACAGUUGUAUGCACAUAAGGACUCCCACGCAGGCGCGCGUACUCCUCAGCUGGGCUCCUGCACCACCCCGCUCCCCACGUCUCACUGCUGAAAAGGCAAACAGUCUAGUGGCAGCCUGUGCUAAACGGCACCAAGGAGGCCAGUGCUGGACCAUGAUAUGUGAGGAUCCCCUAGAAAGUGGCUCUGUGCCAUUCCUGGCUCUUGAUUGCAGACACAUUCAAGUUCCUUGAACUUUUACACUUUGCUUUGGUCCCUCUCUGUUCUGGGUCACGUCUGCAGCAUCUGUCUCCCUCUGUGAUCUUUUUCUCUGGAGGCUGUUCUUAGGGGCAGUACUUCAGUCUGGCAUCCAGGCUGUGAAAUCCCCUUCCUUGCUGGGGAGGGUCCAGCGGACAGUGUAACAUCUUAGCCUUACCCGAGAACCGCCCCCCCGGGCUUCAGCAGGCUGCUGCUGGGAUGCUGAACUCCACCAGCUCAGCCUUCCAAAUUGCUUACCGACUGUUGAAAUGAGCAAGGAGGUUUUUACCCUGCAAGGAUUUGGGCAGGAUGGGAGUUUUUGUCCAGAUCUAAAAUCGAGGGUUUUGGGAAUUUUGCACAGAGCUCUUGGCCAGUAUUUUGGGCCCGACCUCCAACUUUGGCAUUUGCUGACACUCUGUCCAGCUAGGAGCAUCUUGCUACAAAUGAGCGGGGCCCAGAUGAAGUCCCAGGGCUAAGUGACUGUCCUGGGGAGAGCUCUGGUUUACUCCUCUAGGGCCUUCCCAAUUAGCACAUCACCUCCCUGGUCAAUAACCAAGAGACUGCACUCAAAUAUUGCUGUCACUUUAAAGGUUUUUCUGAGGUCGCAAAGCUGUGCACGAGCUCUUCUGCCUUUGCAAGAGGCAUGUUCUUGGGGCAGGGCUAACUACAUCAAGAUGGAAAUUCUUCCUUUCCCCUUAGGCACCCUCCACCUGGCAGCUCUUAAAACUAAGGAAAAAUAUAAUAUAUAUAUAAUACACAUAUAUCUAUUUAUGCACAUAUUGGGGCCAAUUUGAUUUGCUAGUAUUAGACAAUAAACCAUGCAAGGAAAUUUAUGAUCUCAGUGUCUUUAUUUAGUAUUAAAGUGACCUUAGAUGAAGAAGUAAAGGUUAGAUAAACAGAGGGCAUCUCUGUUGGGACCAAACAGCUGUAGCAUCCCCUUAGCAUCUGGCUAGCUGAAAUAGCAUCUGUCUAUUUCACCCGGACCGAAAUAGGUGAGAGCUUGUUCCCUCUUUUCGGCAGCAUUCUUAAUAGAUUUAGGCACUGAAGAAUACCUGUGAGUUUUGCAUUUGUAUCUUGCAAGUUUGUAUAAAAAACAGGAAAUAAAAUGAAUGG